CAUUGGGGAUGGUGGUUUGUACAGCAUCUGGACAGGUUUACUCAUAAUUAUGGAGCUGACGAUCUUAAUGGUCAUUUGGAAAGGAAAGGCUUGGAGAGAAGAGGCAGAAAGGAUAGAGCUCGCAACGAGUGCAAGGAAACCUCCCACAGGCGAGGGCGACAGGAAUGA